AUGAUGUGGCAGUGCCAUGUGUCGUCCUCUGAGUGCCGCUGCUACCGGCUGAACGGCUUCUCCCUGCUGAAGCGCUUCCCUCUCUCGGCAGAUGGGGCCUGCGGCCGAGCCCUGGACCAGCCGGUGGGCGAGUGGCUGGAGCACGUGGGCCUGCCGCAGUACGAGAGCAAGUUCCUGGUCAAUGGCUUUGACGACCUGCGUUUCAUGGGAGGUAACGUGAUGGAGGACCUGGACCUCCGAGACGUCGGGAUCACCGACCCAGGACACAGGAAGAAGAUCCUCCACGCGGCGCGCAACCUGCCCAAGGUGAAAGCUCUGGGCUGUGAUGGCAGCACGUCUCUGGCCUCCUGGCUGGACGGCCUCGGUCUGCAUGAAUACCUUCCCAACUUCCUGUCAAGCGGCUACCGCACGCUGGAGUGUGUGAAGAACCUGUGGGAGCUGGAGAUCGUCAAUGUGAUUAAAAUCGGCGCCCUGGGCCACAGGAAGAGGAUCAUCGCCUCCCUGGCAGAGAGACCCUACGAAGAGGCUCCCAGCAAGUCCCGCCGCCUGUCCCCCAUCAUGUUUCAUGACCUCCUGUCCCAGACCACGUCCCCCCUGGGUCAGAUGGACCCCUACACCAGUCGCUCCAUGGACAUGCUCCUACCGCUGAGCGACUCGGACCGCCGGCGGAGAGCAGCGGACCAGGACUGUAGUGUGUCUCUGAGGUCGUACAGCGAGAGGCCGCGCUCGGUAUGGAAAAUUUUCUCUUUUCAUUGCGAUCACCAACAUCUGUUUUUUCCCUCUCUGCAGGACAGACAGAGCGAGCGGCACAAAGACUCUCGUAUAAACCUCCGGCCGCCGAGCCAGUCUGCGACCUACGCCACGGUGUCGGCCUGGCAUCACCAGCCCGAGAAACUCAUCCUGGAGUCCUGCGGCUACGAGGCCACCUACCUCGGAUCAAUGAUCAUCAGGGAUCUACGAGGGAUCGAGUCCACACAAGACGCCUGUGCCAAAAUUAGGAAAUCAAAAGACUCUAGAAAGGGUCCAGUUGUCAUCCUGUCCAUCACCUACAGGGGGGUCAAGUUCAUCGAUGCAGCCACGAAGUCCAUUGUCGCAGAGCACGAGAUCAGGAACAUCUCCUGCGCCGCCCAGGACCCAGACGACCUCUGCACUUUUGCUUACAUCACCAAGGAUCUGAAGAGUGGCCACCACUUCUGUCAUGUCUUCACCACCGUGGAAGUGACGCAGACCUACGAGAUCAUCUUGACGCUGGGACAGGCCUUCGAGGUGGCCUACCAGAUGGCCAUCCAGUCCAGGGCGAGACAGUACGUCCCCCCCUCGUCUCACGUCCCGGAGGUCAUCGAGACCAAAACCACCCGUCCUGCGUCCCAGUCUUGGAGCAGCAUGCGGAGAUCAGCAAUCGACCCCCUGGAGAUGGACGCAGACAUGCAGUCCCUGGGCAGCACCACCUGGCUCUUGGACCAGCGCGACUCCAACAGGCGGCCCGUCAGCACCAAGUACGAGACCACCAUAUUCUGA